GCGAAACAAAGUUCUUUCUGCCUGUAGAGUAUGAUUUAGUUUCUGAGACAUAACUCAUUGACAAAUAUUGCACAGGCCAUGGACUGAUACUUGCCAGUUGGCUUUCAAAUUGCACAAUUUUGGUAUAUGUGUGCAGCUUGAAGAGAUAAUUGGAAAGACGAGAGCUGAGCAAUAUGGUUCCCGGAUUAUGGCUGCGCUGUCAACAUCUUUUUCCAAGCCCAAAGAAGGCCCAGUGACACAGAGCAUGUCUGCGCAUGCGGAUUUGACAAGAAGAGGGGAGGAUGCCAAUGACCAAAGUGUGUGCGGUUCCUUGCACGUACCGCCAAAGCAUUCAACAAAGAAGAGUACCAGCAACUCACCAUCUUUGCAAUCCAGAUCUGCAGGUAGUCAGAAACUCAAGGGGAUGAAGGAAGGGGCGAACAAAGGUAUCAGUCAAAGUCGUACGGCUUUGCCACACGGGCCUGCUGGUGUAAACAGUCUCGGUAAUGCUCAGCAGAAUGUGAGGAAAAGUGCAGACAAGAAAAGAAGACAGGUUGAUGACGUGAACAUGGAUGUGGAUAAGGUUGGGGACACUAAUUCUGGUGCAAGGGGUGAAAAUUCUGUCAGCGUUGGUGUUAGGCCCAGUGCGAGGGUCGGGAAAGCCGUAAUGAAGAAAAAACAAUCGGAGGGUAUUCACACCGACAGCGGGGAGGAGCUUCUUGCUAGCGAAGGCGAUGGGGUAUUCGCCGGGUGGAGCCUCGGCGUGAGUGGGGGAGUUCUUGAUGGAGGGGGUGUCGGUGGUGUCACGAGGGAAAUGUUGGGACAGUACGGCUCCGAUGGCGAAGUCGGAGGCGUCAGUGGUGACAUAGAAAUGGCGAGUGGGGUCGGCGAUCUUGAGGACAGGGGCCGUGGUGAUGGUUUGCUUGAGUCAGUCGAAAGCGUUUUGGCGGCGAUCGUUCCAAUCGAAGGGCUCGUCCUUGCGGGUGAGUUCGUGGAGAGGGUAAGAGAUUUCGGAAAAGUUGCGAAUGAACGGGCGGUAAUAGUUGGCAAGGCCGAGGAAGGAACGGAGUUGGAGGAGGGCCUUGGGCAUGGGGUACUCGACGAGGGUUGUGACCUUUGAGGGGUCCAUACGGAUGCCUUCAGCGGAGACAAUGUGGCCGAGGUAUUAGACGCU